CAUAAUAAAUAAGUUAAAAUAUUUAUGAAUUUUGCCGCCUAACUAAUCAUUGAUUUCUAAUAACGACACCCACUAUAUUAAAUUUCCAAAUUAAGCGCACUUGCAAGUGUUUUUAUAGACGAUUUUGGAGCAAAAAAUGUUCGCUGUUGUAUACAAGGCAAUGUGAACUGCCGCCGUGAAGUUUUCCAGCACUUGUUGAAAGAUUCCCGUUGGGAAAGUGGCGUUUCAAUCAAGACAAUACCGCCGCUAAGUAGAUCACAUUUCAUGACAUAAGCUACACCACAAGAUCGCUUCAAAUGUGUUUACAACUGAGACGAUGCUUCGGGCCGAAGCGGGAAGAAAUAUUGUUCUCUUCUGGAGAAAGUUGACACAAGGAUUGAGUAGAACUUCUUUCAAAUAGCCUACUGUUGGGUUUCAAGCCAUAUACACGAGUCAAGUUCGCCCAGAGUUUUGGCAGUGGAAAUAUUGCGUUUAGGGAGUGGUCUUGAUGAGGUCACUUUGGCAUUGUUCAGAUUAAAUUAUAUAUAUUUAAUACAUGGACAACAACCCGACUUCCGCCGGAAUUAAGCCGUUGGGCGACGAAGCAUCGCGUGCUGCCAGUGCAAAAGUUCAUCAAACUGGCGUUCCUGGAGGCAAAAUGUGGGCAUCAUCAGACGGCCUGAUCGACAAGGAAAAUGGUCGGGAUUCAAGGAUUGAAAAUAUCGAAUUGCUCGUACAAGACUCGGGUCAAAAACAAUCUCCUUAUCCCGAGACUUUGUUCUUUGGCGAUGGACAAAGAAAAAUCGACUUUGUUUUGGUUUAUCAAACCAGUCGAGGCGACGACGGAGUCGAUCCAAAUGCGGAGACGCGUAGGGAAUAUCAGAAAAAUCUUGUCAGGCAACAUGGCUUGGAAUUGGAGGAAGAGCCUUCACUCCUGGAUGAAAACCUUCAUUUCGUCAAAGUCCACGCACCGCUGAAAAUUUUAUUUAAACUUGCUGAGGAACUUAUGAUACGAAUGCCCGUCAAAAAAAGCGAUGAUUCGCCAGAUUUAUCGCCGAAAAAGAUGAAGAGACCGAACAUUUAUCAUCGAUUCCUACGCUGGUGGAAAAAGGUCGAUCCCUUCGUAAACAAAUCUCCAUGUAUCCAACCGAUGGAGAAACUUGUCACUGCCACCUUUAGUUAUAAUAAUCGCUUGUCAUUUCAGUCGAAAAACGGAAGAUUGUUUUUUGAUACCGCUGACCGCUGUCGCAUGGUGUACCGCAUGCUCCAAUUGACGUCAUUCGGUCCUAAGGAUAACGACUAUGGGAUUUCGAGUCUAUGCGACAACGAAGUCUACACCGCGUGUUUCCCGUUGCACGACGGGCCGUCGAUUCAAAAGGGCGAUCACGUGGCAAACGAUCGGCAAAGGCUGCGCACUGAUUGGUCGUCGUUCCGACGCAUAUUCGCGUAUCAGCCAAUCAACGCCGUGCGAAGGUAUUUUGGCGGAAGAAUCGGUUUCUAUUACGCCUGGAUGGGGGUGUACAUUGCGAUGCUCGUUCCAGCUGCGUUCGUGGGCGUCCUGUGUUUUUUGUACGGCCUCGGGAGCCUGGAAACGUUCGAGCCGACCAAAGAAAUCUGCGACAAAAAGAACGAAAAGUUGUUCUACAUGUGCCCGAAAUGCGACAAACACUGCAGCUUCUGGAGCCUAACUACCAGCUGUGAUUUUGCCAAGGUCAGCCAUCUAUUCGACAACGAGGCGACGGUAUUUUUUUCCGUAUUUAUGUCGAUAUGGGCGACGCUUUUCCUAGAGUACUGGAAGCGAACCCAAGUACGACUCAGCUACGAAUGGGGCGUGUACAACCUUAUGGACGAAUACGAGCCACCUCGGCCCCAGUUCCUUUUCUCGGUGCGCGACAAACGACCCAAUCCCGUGACGGACAAGUUGGAGCCCUACAUUCCGAGCUUGACUCGGUUAAAACGGACGCUGGGUGGCCUAGGAGUGAUAUUUUUCAUGGGCUCCGUCGUCGUCGCCUCAAUUGCGGGCAUCGUCGCCUACAGGGCGUCCGCGUUGGCCGCGCUUUAUGCUAAUCCCAGCAACGAAGUUCGUCAAAAUGCGAAACUCGUUACGUCCUUCUCCGCGGCCGUCAUGAACCUGGUUUUCAUCAAGAUCCUGAGUUACGUGUACGUGAAGCUCGCGGUCAUGCUCACGAACUGGGAAAACCCGCGCACGAAAUCUGAAUACCAGAACAUGCUCACGUUCAAGAUGUACGUGUUCGAGUUUGUUAACACGUAUUCAUCGCUCUUCUACAUCGCCUUUUUCAAAAGCAGUUUGAUCAUCGGAAGGCCAACGGGGUACAAUCGCAUGCAGAGGAGACGAAUCGAGGGAUGUGAUCCUUCCGGUUGCUUGACCGAUCUGUGCAUCCAGUUGGCGGUUAUUAUGAUUGGGAAACAGAUCUUGGGCUUUGCGCUGGAGUUCAUGUAUCCGUCCGCCGUCCGCGCGUGGAACAAAUGGCGCCACAAGCCGACGAAAGAGAAUAAGAAGUUACCGCAAUGGGAGUCUGACUAUUUACUCAACCCUGAACCGGACUUUCGGAUGUUUUAUGAAUAUCUUGAAAUGGUCAUCCAAUUUGGUUUCGUAACGAUGUUCGUUGCGUCAUUCCCACUGGCUCCACUCUUUGCUCUGAUAAACAACAUUUUUGAACUCCGUGCUGACGCCAUGAACUUCGCCGUGAACUACCGCAGACCGGUUGCAGAAGAGGUGAAAAAUAUCGGAAUUUGGUUCAGAAUUCUUGAGAUUUUGACAAAAAUAUCCGUGCUUGUUAAUUCAUUCGUCAUCGCAUUUACCACAGAGCUCGUACCAAGACUGGUGUAUUUGUACGGCUACAGUCCGGACAGAACUCUGAAAGGUUAUGUCAACAACUCGCUAGCAUAUAUCAAUAUCAGUGAUUUGGAAGAAGAAUUUUUGCCGACUGACCCAAACAAGCAUCUUAAUUUCACUCGAACAUAUUGCAGGUUCAAAGAAUAUCUGGAGCCAGCCCCUUCAUACGAUUUUAGCAAACAAUACCUCCAUGUCACAUUAGCGCGCGUACUUUUCGUCAUAUUUUUCCAGUAUAUCGUAUUUUUUGUCAAAGACCUGCUCGCCUGGCUGGUUCCAGACGUACCGAAGUCGUUGGAGGUCAAAAUCAAACGUGAAAAUCACGUGGCGCGCUUGUGCCUACGCAAGAGCGAGGUACAGGCGACCCAAGAGACACCUGUGGAAGCAGCAACUCCCCCGUAUCAUUCGUGCGAAUCGUUAUUUCCCCCUGCGAAUAAUAUCCAUUGUUGAUUAACAGGAAAUAUUAAAAAUCAAUACCUUUGGCAAUGAACAUAUAGGCAUAGCAUAUAUAAUAAUUAUAUCACGCGUACAAAUUAUAUUAAUGCAAGUUGUUUAACUCAAGGGUGAACAAUAUUGCGUUUACCAAUUGUUUACCAUUGGUGCUAUUGUACUGUUGGCAAUACUGUUCAUCCGUUGCAGCACAAAAUUGUUCACGUCAGUGGCCAGUUGUUUAAAAGACUGGGUAAUUUUAACUGUAGUCAAGGACAGAAUUGGCCAAUCAAAGUUGUGUAUAUCAGAGUUAACUAUGAUUUAAUUAUGUAAAAAUGUAGUUUAUAUGUUUUAUACAACUGGCCCCUGAUGUAACAACCUGAUCAAUUUUUACCGCGUAGACCACGGCUUUAUAUAACUAUAUGUCAAAAUAAACAUACUUUCGUUCGUACUAAUGCUAUAGGGUGUCUGUAAUCAGGGAUGCUUAAUUUUCGUAAUUG